CCAUCAUUCUCACAGCCUCACUCCCCAGCUCAUCACUCGCUUUGCUCCCAAUCCGCUUCACCGUUCAACCAAGCUCACCCUUAGCUCCACCGGCGGGCACAGCAGAGCAGGGGGAUGCCGGCGGGCGUGGUGGACGCGGCCGCCAAGGGCGUCAGGCUGGAGCGGCACGCGGCGGGGGCGGCGGUGCUGCUGCGGCGCGCGUCGGGCGCCAAGCAGCUCGUCUCGGGGUCCUCGCACCUGCUCUUCCGCGCCACGGUGCUCGCCACGCUCGCGCUCGUCGUCCUCUUCGCCGUGCACUACCCGUCCCUGCUCUCGCGCUCCUUCAGUCUCUCCGCCGCGCCCUCGUCCGGCUCGUCGUCCGCGCCGCGGUCGAGGUCGUCGCACCGGAGCCUGCUGGGCUCGGGGGCCUCGUACGGGGGCGCCGCGUGGGAGCGGGAGGUGCGGCGCAGCGCCACGCCGCGGCGGGACGGGGGCCUGUCCGUGCUGGUCACCGGCGCCGCGGGAUUCGUGGGCGCGCACUGCUCCCUGGCGCUCCGCGGGCGCGGGGACGGCGUGCUCGGCCUCGACAACUUCAACUCCUACUACGACCCCGCCCUGAAGCGCGCGCGCCAGCGGCUGCUCGCGUCGCGCGGGGUGGUGGUGCUCGACGCCGACAUCAACGACGCCGCGCUGCUCGAGCGGCUCUUCGCCGCGGCGCCGUUCACGCACGUGCUGCACCUCGCCGCGCAGGCAGGGGUGCGGUACGCGAUGCAGGCGCCGCAGACAUACGUGGCCUCCAACGUGGAGGGGCUGGUCAACCUCUUCGAGGUCGCGGCCAAGCACGCCGACCCGCAGCCGGCGAUCGUGUGGGCGUCGUCGUCGUCGGUGUACGGACUCAACACCGACGCGCCCUUCUCCGAGGAGCACCGCACGGACCGGCCCGCGUCGCUGUACGCCGCGACCAAGAAGGCCGGCGAGGCAAUCGCGCACGCGUACAACCACAUCUACGGGCUCUCCAUCACCGGCCUCCGCUUCUUCACCGUAUACGGGCCGUGGGGCCGCCCCGACAUGGCCUACUUCUCCUUCGCUCGCAGCAUCGUCGCCGGCGAGCCCAUCACGCUCUUCCGCACCACCGACGGCGCCGACGCGCGCCGCGACUUCACCUACAUCGACGACGUCGUCAAGGGCUGCCUCGGCGCGCUCGACACGGCCGGCAAGAGCACGGGCUCCAAGUCCGGCAAGAAGCGGGGCCCCGCGCCCCUCCGCGUGUACAACCUCGGCAACACCUCGCCGGUGCCCGUCACCCGCAUGGUCGCCAUCCUCGAGAAGCUCCUCGGCAAGAAGGCGAACAAGCGCGUCGUCACGAUGCCGAGCAACGGCGACGUGCCGUUCACGCACGCCAACGUCACCCACGCCGCGCGCGACUUCGGCUACCGCCCCGCCACCUCGCUCGAGGCCGGCCUCCGGCAUUUCGUCGACUGGUUCGUGCAGUACUACAAGCUCGACAUCAAGGGCAGCAAUGUCCUCGCCGGCAAGACCACCAAGAGGAAGUCAAUGGGCAUGUCUGCAGCAUCAUGAGGUGCCGCGCCGCCGCCUCGUGUUCCCCGGUCCGGCCGUCCACCACUAAGUGUGCAUUCUCCUGUCCUUGGAGGCUAGCUAGCAGAGUCCUGUAACUUUGUAAGUGCUUAUUUGUUUAAGCCUUGCUGCUUUGCGUCUUCAUGAUGCUGCCAUGGUAGUGCUUAGUGGCAAGGAAAAUGAUCCAUGGCUAAAUUAAGCUUGAGAAAAAAAAGUAGAAAAAAAGGAAGGGUAUGGGAUAGAUAGACAACACAGCAAAGCAAAGGACAGCCAUGGUUGAGCAAAGAUGAGGUCAUUGGCUUCCUUUUGGUUCAGAUUAUUCUGCUCAGAUUAUUACUAUUUUUUGGUCAGAUACUAGAUUUCACUGACCUACGAAUCACGUCAAGAACUCAAAAGAUGCCGUGCUUGAUGUAACUCCAAGCGAUUGCAGGCUGCCAAAACAGCAUUGUUUAGGUUUUGGCGGUGGACUUGAUGCAGCUCCUGCAUUUUCCCCAUAUAUAAACCUGUGCAAAUUUGUGCUU